CCAGGUCAUGGGCACGGGCAGGGACUGCGGCGGAGAGAAGGAACAGUACCGAUAACCGGGCUGGUCAAAUCACUCGAGAAAUUCCUUUGCCAAACAAUCGGCUUGGGAAUCUUUCUGUAUCACCGCCCUCCACCUGGCGGCCCAAUCCUCAGCGGUACGGCUGCAGCUCAGGCUUUCGGCGGAAACCAGUGGGGGCUCAGUGCUCCCUGCCGCCACCGCCCCUUCCCGGCGCCUGUCGCCGCUCAGCGGUCCCGGCGGUGCCGAGGGGACAGCGAGUCCCUGCCUGUGUGCGUGCGCUGCCGGCGCUGCUCCGCCGAGCUCCCGGGCACCGUCCCAGCGCCGCCGGAGCCGCCUGGCAGCCGCGUCCCCGCCGCAGCAGCAGCGAGGCCGUUCCCCGCGCAUCCCCGCGGCACCAUGACUCUCCAGGCUGACUUCGAUGGUGCUGCAGAAGAUGUAAAAAAAUUAAAAACAAGACCAACUGAUGAAGAACUGAAGGAACUAUAUGGAUUCUACAAACAGGCUACUGUUGGAGAUAUUAAUAUUGAAUGUCCAGGAAUGCUAGAUUUGAAAGGCAAAGCCAAAUGGGAGGCAUGGAACCUGAAAAAAGGUUUAUCAAAGGAGGAUGCCAUGAAUGCCUAUAUCUCUAAAGCAAGAGCAAUGGUAGAAAAAUAUGGGAUCUAGAAUAUUCAAAAUAAUUCCCACUAAUAAUUAACUCUUCAGCAGCUAAUGAACUAACUCUGUUGAGAAAAAUGCAAUACUAAGUCCUUAUUGUGUAGUCUGAUACUAAUAUCUUUUAAGCAUAAGCUCUUUGACUGUAAAGGGUAUUUACAUAUAUAAUCUAUUUUUAGUUUGUAUAUUAAUCGAAAUAAAUUUGAACUGAAUAAAUUAA